UUCAUUCUCCUUGACACUCCACCGCGUUUUGGCGGCAAGCGCGCGCGUGACGGAACGCAGCCAACUUUUUAAAAUUACUUUUUAAUUUUACUUUUUUCGUGUGAGUGAAUGGAAAAUGUUUUGAUGUGUCUGUGAAGUGUGUUAGUGUUGUUGGAGUUUUCAGAUGGAAUUCCGAAGAUGUACCAUCGCGUACGCCGAAAGAUGAUCCAUCUUACUGGUGCCAUAUUGCUCUACUCUACAGUAGUGAUAGCAAAAAACAUCGAAUUUACUGACAAAACGAUCACCACCGAAACAGAUUUCGAUAAUAAUAUAAUCGAUUUCGACAGCCAAUAUAUCGAUAAAGACAGAAAACAUGGCACAGUGGCUUGGCAUGAUGAUUAUGAUAAAGAAUCUAAUAGAUAUACUAUUGUAAAUAAUGAUUACAUUAAUUUAAAUAAGAAUAAAACUACUACAGAAAUGACAGAAGCUACAGCUAAAGCAACAGCUUCAGAAUUAGAUGUAAUACCUUUAGAAUUAGUAACGACAACUGAGAAUUAUUUAGUUAGCAUAGUAGAAAGUACUAUAGAACCUGAUUUGACUGUGAUCCCUUUGUCUACAACAGAGAAAGUAACCCCAAUCGUUGAAGUUCAACAGCCUAUUACGCUGCCUUCAACUCAAUCGCCUGAAAGUACAUCUGAUUAUUAUACUACAGAUAAUCCUGAAGAAAAUAUCAAAAGCAAUAAAACAUCAUUAAACAUAAUAAAUGAACUUGCAACUACAGUGUAUCCUGUAGAAAAAGUAAAGACUAACCAAACUCAUUCACUAAAAGAAAAAUAUGAAGUAAUUAAUAAAACCCAAUUGGUCGAUAAGUCAGAAAUGUUGACUACUUCUAAGCCUAUAACAGAAAACACUACAAUAGAAAUUUUAAAUACCAAUUCAAGUAAAAACAUGCAGAUCGUUAACAGAUCUGAUGAAAUCACAGCUACAGAUGAUGGUUUAGAAUUUACAACAGUAGAUUUAGACAGUGGAGAGGUUCCAGAAGACUAUUAUGACAGUAAAGAUGUAAUACCAACAAAAGCUCCCAACACAGAUGUGGUAUCAGUUCUAUUUGGCUUCGCUGGGAGUGUGGUGGAAAGUGUAGUGGGUAGUGUCGCUGAAAGAGUGGUCCCAAAAGGGAUUUAUGACUUGUUUAAGAGAAUUCAGAAGCAGAAUGAAGCGUUGGAAGCAGAAAGGUUGAGGAGUCGGGAGGAGAAUGGUGGGUUAGGUCAAUUCGGCCGCGGCAUCCUCAAAUCCAUCUCCUCGGGCCUGAGUCGUCCGCUGAGCCAGCUCAUGGCGGGCGCCCGCGACAUCGGCUCCUUGGACAACGAUAGAGGCUUCGUGGGCAGUCUGGCUUCAGGGGUGUCCAGUGUUGCCAAUGUUGCCAAUUCGGUCGUGGACGCUUUCAAGGAUAGAGUGCAGGCUAUUUACCCGGGUACCCUCUGGUGCGGCGAUGGCCACUCAGCUCAAGCCCGCUCCAGUGACCUAGGCCUCUUCUUCUACACCGACACCUGCUGCCGCCAGCAUGAUGCUUGCAAGAUCUUCAUCUUAGCUGGUGACAGCAAGUACGGGCUCACCAAUACCGGACUGUUCACCAGAUCACACUGUAGCUGCGACGCAAAAUUCCGAGAGUGCCUCAAGAAAACCAACUCUCUGAUAUCAGCUCAGAUCGGGCUUACCUACUUCAACGUGCUGGGGCCACAGUGCUUUAGGAAGGCACAUCCCAUCGUGCGCUGUCUUAGGAGAACCAGGUUAACUGGACAAAAAUGCGAGGAGUAUGAGCUGGACUACACCAAGCCGAAGAUGUGGCAGUGGUUUGACAAUGAGACCUUCUAG